AGAAGAAAGUAUUUCAUAUGCUAGGCAUUCUAUCAGGUAUUGCAGCAACAACAAUUGCUCUUACAACUGCUGCAAUUUUACUUUUAAGAUGCAGAAGAAAGGAUGGGAUUUCAAGAAACACUGAUUUGUUGCCCAUGGGAUUGCCAAAAAUGAUUUCAUACUAUGAACUUGUGCAAGCAACCAAUGGUUAUGAUGAAAGCAAUUUACUUGGCAAAGGGGGUUUUGGAUCUAAAUAUAAGGGUAUUUUGACGGAUGGGACAGUUGUAGCUGUGAAAGUUUUCACUUUACUAGCAGAAGUCACUUCCGGGAGUUUUGAUACAGAGUGUGAAGUUCUACGCAACCUUCGCCAUAGAAACCUAACCAAAGUGAUUGGUAGCUGCUCUAACUUGGACUUUAAAGCCUUGGUGCUUGAUUAUAAGUCCAAUGGGAGCCUUGAGAAAUGGUUGUACUCCCACAACCAUUGCCUGGAUCUGCUGCAAAGGAUAAGCAUAAUGAUGGAUGUUGCUUCUGCAUUGGAAUAUCUCCAUUUUAGUUAUACAACACCAGUGGUUCACUGUGAUCUGAAACCUAGCAACAUAUUACUCGAUGAAAGUAUGGUUGCUCAUGUGAGUGAUUUUGGUAUGGCAAAGUUUUUGGAUGAAGAAAAUAGUGUUCUGCAUACCAAGACACUUGCAACGCUUGGAUACUUGGCACCAGAGUAUGGACUUGAAGGGCAGGUGUCAAAGAGAGUUGAUGUGUAUAGUUUUGGCAUUGUUUUGAUGGAAACCUUUUCAAGAAUGAAGCCGAGUGAUGAGAUGUUCAAAGAUGAUUUGAGCCUGAAGAGUUGGAUUGAAGAAUCUCUGCCUGAUGCAACAACUCAGGUUAUAGAUGCAAACUUACUGGGGCGACAAGAUGAGCAUUUCAAUGAGAAAUUGGAGUGUAUUUCAGUGAUCUUCAAAUUGGCUUUGAGUUGCUGUGCUGAAUGCCCGCGAGAUCGGACUAAUAUGAAGGAUGUUGUGGCAGCACUUCAAAAGAUAAAACGUCAAAUUGAGUGUUUUCCGAAUAUCUUGGCAUGAAAGAUGAUGCCAAGAUUUGAAACAUGAAGCAAAAUAAGUUAUAUUAUCCACCUUAAGUAUGCUGAUAUAUCAAUAAUAUAUUAUUAAGA